UUCCCCACCAAUAUACAUGAAAACAAAAAUAAAGUAUAUAAUAAUAAAAAAUACAUCAAUCUACACUCUCUACCCUCUCAUUUCACGUAUAUAUAAUCCAUCUUUUAGGACAGAACCCACCGAAAGCUCCACAAACCCAUUAAUUAACAAAAAAAAAAACAAAAGAAGGCGGCGCAAACAAAAGAUAAUGCAACCAGAGACCUCAGAUCAGAUGUUGUAUUCGUUUCUCGCCGGAAACGAAGUCGGCGGCGGAGGGUACUGCGUCUCUGGCGACUACAUGACGACUAUGCAGAGCUUAUGUGGGUCUUCUUCAUCGACGUCAUCGUAUUACCCACUGGCGAUCUCCGGCAUCGGAGAAACGAUGGCUCAAGACAGAGCUAUUGCUGCUUUGAGAAACCACAAAGAAGCUGAGAGAAGAAGAAGAGAGAGGAUCAAUUCUCAUCUCAACAAGCUUCGUAACGUACUCUCUUGUAAUUCUAAGACCGAUAAAGCCACACUGCUUGCCAAAGUAGUUCAACGAGUCAAAGAACUUACACAGCAAACCCUAGAGAUCUCCGACUCCGACCAAACACUAUUACCAUCAGAGACCGACGAGAUUAGCGUUCUACACUUUGGAGACUAUUCAAACGACGGUCAUAUCAUCUUCAAAGCCUCUCUAUGUUGUGAGGAUAGAUCAGAUCUCUUGCCGGACCUUAUGGAGAUUCUCAAGUCUCUUAACAUGAAGACUCUCCGAGCUGAGAUGGUAACUCUUGGGGGUCGGACAAGAAGUGUUCUUGUCGUAGCUGCUGACAAAGAGAUGCACGGCGUCGAGUCUGUGCAUUUCUUGCAAAACGCUCUCAAGUCUCUGCUUGAGCGGUCAAGCAAGUCAUUGAUGGAACGUAGUUCUGGUGGUGGAGGAGGAGAACGGUCAAAGCGGCGUCGUGCGCUGGAUCACAUCAUAAUGGUGUGAAAUGAUGAGAUUUGAGUACACUAAAAAGUCUAUAAUUGAUUAAUAUAUAUAGGGUAUGAUCAUAAUUAACUUGGUUAUAAACCAAAACCUUUUUUUAUUCCUCUUUUUAUAUGUGUUCUAUGGUUUUAGUUACAAAGUCGUGGGAGUGUAAGCAAAUGUUGUAAGUAGGUUUGGUGUGUUCUUUUUUCUUUUCUUUUUCAAGAAAAAGAAAAAGAUAUAUAUAAUAUAAUAUAUAUAAAUAAUAUUUUGAUGUUAUUUUCCUCUAUUUAUAUUAUUUUUUGGUUGUUGGUGUGAGGACUAGGGUUUUGAGAUUGUGGGAAUAUUUGUCGACGUAGAAGAAUCUAAGUAACAGAUGUGAUUGGUGAAGUCCAAAAGAAACUAGAGUACUUCGAUAUAUAUAUAUAUGUAUAUACAGAUACACACUAUAUAUGUGAAUGUAUAUGUAUAUGGUGAAGAGAGGUCUAUGUUUGUAUGCUGUGAGUUUCAAAGCGACCCUUAUGUCACCUUUGUCUCCGAAUGAAUCCAAUCUAUCCUCUCUC